GCUUCCUCUGGCACUGUUUCAGAGAGCGCCCAUCAGCUCAAAGGCACUUCUCCCCUCUGAAAGAGAGUGCCCAAGGUUGCGAGCGAGCAAUCCUUGGGUUGUGACUCCGUCACAACCUUGGCACGGUUACUAGAGUUACAAGUACCACACCUUUACUGCUUAGAUAUCCACAGCCGCCACAGCCGCCAUGGCCUGUAACUAAUUUUAUCAUCGCCCUUCUUUCCCCCUCUCUCGAAACUCUUCCUCACUCUCCCUUCCCCUGAGACCACGUAACGCGACCACUUAACCUUCAAAGGUAACUUUAUUCAUUAUUCCUUUCGCUAGUUUAUUGCCUUUUGUGCAUCACGCCGCUCGCUCACUUUGAUAUAGCCUCCCUCUUCCUCCCUUCUUGUCACUCUUUCAUCCGCUAUCCACCCUCCGGCUUCGCCUUUUCCGCCACCCCAAGCUUUGCUGCUGGUCAUCGCAUCACGGGUUCCCAUUACGAGUUGGUUAUUGUUCCUCACUGUCACCACCCUCGUCCUGACCCAACCACCAUAAUCUCGCCAUCCAUCUUCUCUUGCGUGACAAUGCCGGGAUCUUCGAACAACAACAUUGAGCUUAAGUCGGACCUGGAAGCUCAGAAGGCUAACCUACUGUCCCGACGGGAGCAGGAUGAGAGCGAUGAUGCUUUGUCCCCUGGUGGGUCAAUUCGCAGCAGCUUGUCGGGGCAUGAGUUGAAACCUGCGACAUUGCCCGACGGUGCUGUCAAGUCGAAUCCACAAAAGUCGAGUCAGUCUUCCUUCUUGAUCUGGACUGCUAUCAACACCCUGGCUACUAUCGCCAUUGUAAAUCAUCCCACUCUUUUGAGAUUGGCGAUUGCUAUCGUCCUGUUUGGCUGGCUAUGUUGCGACUGCUAAUGCUGUUAUGGUGCUAGGUUUUCACAAACAAGAGAAUCUUCGAUGAUCCAAACUUUAAGAAGAUGCAAACAUCCUUCGCUGCCUUUCAUUUCGUCUGCACAAGUUUGACAUUGUUUGUUAUCUCUCGUCCUUCCUUUGGCUUCUUUGUUCCGAAACGAUGCGGGAUUGUCGAGAUCUUGCCCCUGGCUUUUGCCAUGUGCUUCAACGUCAUUCUUCCCAAUCUUUCGCUCGCCUAUUCCUCCAUCACCUUCUACCAGAUUGCGAGAAUCUUGCUCACACCUUUCGUGGCCUUGAUAAAUUUGGUGUUUUACCGGGUCUCGAUCCCCACUUAUGCUGCGCUUUCGUUGAUCCCUGUUUGUAGUGGUGUGGGGAUGGUCUCCUACUAUGACACCCGUCCAGCGACUCCGGAACAGGAGGGGAAGGUCACAUCUGUCGCUGGUGUCAUCUUCGCUUUUAGUGGUGUUGUAGCAAGCUCACUAUAUACCGUUUGGAUUGGGGCGUACCACAAGAAGCUUAAUAUGAGCUCCAUGCAGCUGCUCUUCAACCAAGCGCCGGCGGCCAGCUUAUUGCUCUUGUUCUUUAUUCCAUUUGCGGACAGCAUUCCGGUCUUUGGCGAUGUUCCCAUCAGCCGCUGGGCCAUGAUACUCAUGUCUGGUCUGUUUGCAAGCCUUAUCAACUUGUCGCAAUUCUUCAUCAUUGCAGGUGCUGGUGCCGUUAGUAGCACUGUCGUGGGCCAUGCCAAAACCUGUUCCAUAGUUAUCUUGGGCUGGAUGGUUAGUGGAAGAAGUGUGUCAGACAAGAGUUUGUUAGGUGAGAAAUCCGGCUCCUCGCCAUGCGCCCGAGCUACUGAGCUAAUACAUGGAUACAGGUAUCCUGUUGGCAAUUGGUGGGAUUAUCUUAUACUCUGUGGCGGUAAUUAA